AUGGCUGCAAACACUCAACAAUUCUACACUCGAAGUGAACCAAUGGUACGGAAAGUGAACGAAGUUGGUGAUUUUUCACAUUUGGAAUAUAGGAUGGGUAACAUGGAGAGGAUGAUGCAACAAAUAGCAGCGGCUGUAAUACCAUCAUACACCGAAGAAGUGGAGCAAGCAAGUGCUAUCUACGCCAACAAGCAAGCUGCAGUUUCCACACCUUUCAAUCAACAAGGUGGAUACCAAUUCUUGCAAAGGCCGCAACAAAAAGCUCAAGGCAUGAGUAUAGAUGACAAGUUGAAUCUCAUUCUCAACACAAUGACGCAAGAUAAGCAAAAGACGGAGAUGGUUAUAAAGGACAUGCAAACACAAAUGGGUCAACUAGCUACUACCGUGAGCAAAUUGGAAGCACAAGCAGCUGGAAAACUUCCUUCGCAACCAUUGAAUCAUAGGGAGAAUGUUAGUGCUAUUGAACUACGAAGUGGGAAACAAGUAGAGAAAUCGGAAACAUCACCGGAGUCCCAUGAAUGUGACUUAGAGAAAGAAGUCGACGAAGCAGUCCCUAAAAAGGAUGAUUCGGUAACAAAUUCUAAACCUAAACCUCUUAUUUCUACUUAUGUUACUCCUCCACCUUUUCCUAACAGGUUUGCAAAGUCUAAGAAGGAGACGUUGGACAAAGAGAUUUGGGAAAUCUUCAAGAAGAUCGGAGUGAACAUUCCAUUAAUUGAGGCGAUAAGGAAGGUUCCUCACUAUGCAAAGUUCUUAAAGGAAUUUUUCACUAACAAGCACAAAUUGACCGGUAAUGAGUGUGGGGCAGAGUGCUUCGACAUAUCUUCAAAAGAAACUCCCACCUAA